GUGGGGCUUCAUGUCAGUUGACGGGACGGACCAAAACCUAACGGACCGGGACUUCAUAAAGUCGGCAGCCCAAGGCAGUCAAGAGCAAUGUCUUUUAUAUUUGACUGGAUCUACAGGAGCUUCAGCAGCGUCUUGCAGCUAUUAGGAUUGUACAAGAAGACUGGCAAGCUGGUGUUCCUUGGACUAGACAAUGCUGGCAAAACAACGCUCCUGCACAUGCUUAGAGAUGACAGGCUAGGACAGCACGUGCCCACGCUACAUCCAACAUCUGAGGAGUUGACCAUCGCAGGCAUGACCUUUACAACGUUUGAUCUUGGAGGUCAUACACAAGCACGAAGGAUCUGGAAGAACUACCUCCCAGCCAUAAAUGGUAUAGUCUACAUGGUGGAUUGUGCUGAUCAUGAGCGACUAGCAGAGGCUAAAGUUGAACUGGAUGCACUUUUAACAGAUGAAACCAUCUCAAACGUCCCGGUUCUCAUCCUGGGGAAUAAGAUUGAUCGUCCAGAGGCCAUCAGCGAGGACGCACUAAGAGGAAUGUUUGGUUUGCAUGGACACACAACUGGAAAGGGCAAAGUGUCACUGAAGGAGCUGAAUUUGAGGCCAAUGGAGGUUUUCAUGUGCAGCGUGCUGAAGAGACAAGGAUAUGGAGAUGGUUUCCGCUGGCUCUCCCAGUAUAUUGACUGAUUCACUACUAUUUCAUACUUUACCUGAUUUACAAUGCUGCCUGUGCACACAAAGACAUGUUCCACACAAAACUACCUGCUGUAGAGAGAUAUUUUGUUAAAUAUACUAUAUAUAGGACUUGUGCCAGUUGGAAA